AUGCCGGCCAACGAACGAACCCCCCUGGUGUCGUCCAACAACAACAACGACAAUGGAUUGCCCAGCCACAAUGGCCGAGGCGGCUCGCACCACUCGGAACCCAACAUUGUGACCUCGCUCUACUGGAUCCUGACGAGCUCAUGGAUCAACGUCUUCCUCGUCUUUGUGCCGCUGGGCAUCGUCGCCGAACACGCGCACUGGCCUGCCAUCUGGAUCUUCUCGCUCAAUUUCCUCGCCAUCAUCCCGCUCGCCAAGAUCCUGGGUGAUGCAACGGAACAAGUCUCGCUGCGACUGGGCCAGACGCUGGGUGGUCUGCUCAAUGCGACGUUCGGAAAUGCGGUGGAGCUGAUUGUGGGUAUUGCUGCGCUGUUGCAGGGCCAGCUGCGCAUCGUCCAGACCAGCCUCAUCGGUUCGAUCCUGAGCAACAUCCUGCUGGUGCUCGGCAUGAGCUUUGUGGCCGGUGGACUGUUCAGGAGCGAAAACACGUUCCAGCAGACCGCCGCGCAGGCUUCUGGGUCUAUCAUGACGCUGGGCUGCAUCACGCUUGCCAUCCCCGCCGCGUACCACAUGUCGAUCAAGUCCAGCACCAUGCUCGCCGGCAACAUGGAGAAGCUUGCCGAGCUCAACGCACCCAUCGUCCACGGCGAAGAGGACAAAUCGGGUCUGCUGUUUAUCUCGAGAGGAACGUCGUUGAUCCUCGUGGGCAUCUACGUGCUGUACCUGUUCUUCCAGCUCAAGUCGCACGCAUUCCUGUACGAAGCCGAGGAGGAGGACGACGACGAAGAGGAGGACGACGACGAAGAGGAGGAAGCUAAGAUGUCGCCGCUCGCCGCCAUGAUCGCGCUGGGCGGCGUGACGGUGCUCACCGCAUUCAACGCCGACUACCUCGUCGGCGCCAUCGACGAGGUCGCCAACGAAUACCACAUCCCCAAGGCGUUUAUCGGCACCAUCCUGCUGCCCAUCGUCGGCAACAUGGCCGAGCACCUUACCGCUGUCUGGAUGGCCAGCAAGGGCAAGAUGGAGAUCAGUCUCGGCAUCGCCAUCGGCUCGAGCAUCCAGAUUAGUGUGGGCAUGAUCCCUAUCCUCGUGCUCGUGGGUUGGGCGGUCAAGCAGCCGCUGACGCUGUACUUUGAGACGUUCGAGACCGUCAUCCUCGUCGCCGCCGUGUUUUUGGUCAACACGCUGGUGCAGGAUGGAAAGAGCAACUACAUGGAGGGCGCCAUGCUGUGCAGUUUGUAUGUCGUUGCCGCGCUCAGCUUCUGGGUUUCGCCUGAGGUGUAA